CUCAAACACUUUCCUUCUGGCCGGAAAACCCUUUUCUUAAACCCUCGCCGGCACACUCACAACAAAAAACCACCACUUUCCGUCAUGUCUUCUCCGGGAACUAUCCGAACUUACGAUGACUUCCUUAAAGUUCACGGCCUUCUGCUUACAGCUGCCGGAAUACCUCAAUCACUUUACCAAACACUAUUUCACAAACUUUCAACUGAAACCUUUGACGGCGGUAAUUACUUUCAGGUGGAACCCGUUGACGGCGGCCGUCAACGCCGUCUCAUUCUCACUUCACCAAACCCUAUGCCAAAAGAUUCAAACAUUUUUUUAGUUGAUCAUGCUUUAUCCUUUCGCCUUUCAGAUGCUCCCAAACAGUUGCAAGAAGUUCCGGGGUUGGUAGAGAGAAUGGCUUCAUUAAUGUGUGUCGAUAUCGAUUUGAAUUCAGACGAUGAAGAAGCUGAUAAUGCAGGGGAGGAUAGCAGCAGCGAAUUGGGUGUUGUUGAAAUUGUGGAGAGGGAAUUUGAGAAGGUGAAAAAGGAGGGUCCUGGCGCGGUGGUGUGGUUGGAACUUGAGGAUCUUGAUAUUGACGAUGACGUGUUUAUGUCUCUUGAUUUGCCUAACAAGUUUCCGGACUUGAUUGCACUUAGUUUGCGUUACAACAAGCUUAAGGAUGUAGAGAAAAUUGUUAAGGAAGUUGUGAAGUUUAAAGACCUUAGAGCGCUAUGGCUAAACAAUAACCCGAUCUUUGAGAGCUGUGAUGAUCAUGUUGCAGAUGAUAUUAUUCGUAAUUGCCCGAAAAUGGAAAUUUUGAACUCCUCUUUUACACGUAAGUAUACGGAGUGGGCCUUGGGUUUCUGUGGAGGAGUUUUUGACCAAGAGAAUCCGGGUUGUGGACAUGACAAUGACCAUUUCUUGAAGGGUUUGACUUCUCUUGACCUUUCAAAUAGGGGUAUUCACAGCCUACACAACAAGGGAUUUUCACCCAGUGCUUUGCCGUCUUUAUCUUAUAUAAAUCUUCGAGGAAAUCCACUAGAUGAUCACUCUGUUUCCGACUUACUGGAACUUCUGAAAUCAUUUACUGGCUUACACGCACUGGAGGUGGAUAUUCCCGGUCCUCUUGGAGAUAGUGCAGUUGAGAUUGCUGAAUCUCUUCUUAGUCUUUCUUUACUAAAUGGCGUUAAUACGACAAGAGUUCUAGAAUCUGGAAAGAGUGUGAUUGAUUCAAUGCUUCUUCCACGUCUUCCUGAAUGGACUUCUAUUGAACCAUUAGUUGAUCGUGUUUUGAAUGCCAUGUGGUUUUACUUGAUGUCUUACAGAUUAGCAGAUGAAGAGAAGAUUGAUGAGACUUCUAUAUGGUAUGUGAUGGAUGAAUUGGGUUCAGCUCUGAGACACAGCGAUGAGCCAAAUUUUAGAGUAUCACCGUUCCUUUACAUGCCUGAGGGAAAACUGGAGUCAGCUGUGAGUUUUACACUUCUUUGGCCUACCAAAAGUAUUCAAUAUGGUGAUGAGUGCACUCGUGAUUAUCUAUUUGGCAUCGGAGAGGAAAAACAACGAUCUGCCAGGUUUACUGCUUGGUUUCAUACCCCACAGAAUUACUUUAUCAAGGAGUAUGAAAAAUAUUGGCAGAAUUUGAGAUCAACAAGUUCUCCCCCAGUUGAUAUGGCAUCUAAAACCAAGAGCCUGGAACGUAGUGAUGGACGUCCCCUACGUGUAUAUACAGACAUUCCACCAGUGGAAGAACAUUUGACACAUCCAAGCUUCAUAAUCACAACUGACCCGAAGGAAGCAGAUAUCAUCUGGACAAGUAUGCAGGUGGAUGAGGAAACAAGGAAGGCUAUCGGGCUAAAUGAUCAACAAAGCAUGAAUCAAUUUCCUUUUGAGGCUUGUCUUGUCAUGAAACACCACUUGGCAGAGACUGUUCAAAAGGCUUAUGGAUCUUGUGAAUGGUUUCAGCCUACCUAUAAUCUUGAAACACAACUAACACAAUUCAUUGGCGAUUAUCAUGUACGUGAGAAUAAUAAGACUGACAAUUUAUGGAUUUUGAAGCCCUGGAACAUGGCAAGAACAAUAGAUACAACUGUUACCGGAAAUUUAUCUGCAAUCAUACGUCUUAUGGAAACUGGUCCAAAAAUUUGUCAGAAGUAUAUUGAGCAGCCAGCUUUAUUCAGGGGGAAGAAAUUUGAUCUUCGAUACAUUGUUCUUGUUCGCAAUAUGAACCCGUUGGAGUUAUUCAUCACAGAUAUUUUCUGGGUUAGACUGGCGAACAACACAUACACAUUGGAUACAAAAAGUUUGUAUGAGUACGAGACCCAUUUUACUGUUAUGAAUUACAGGGGGAGAUUGAAUCAUAUGAACACUCCAGAGUUCGUGAAAGAGUUUGAGAAGGAACAUCAAGUUCAGUGGUCGGAAAUCCAUUCACGAGUUAAACAGAUGAUCCGAAAGGUUUUUGAGGCAGCAACAUUAGUUCAUCCAGAGAUGAGCAGCCCCAUGUCUAGGGCUAUGUAUGGUGUGGAUGUGAUGCUUGAUGGCUCUUUCAAACCUAAGUUAUUGGAGGUUACCUACUGCCCAGAUUGUACUAGAGCUUGUAAAUAUGACAUGGAAGCUGUUAUGGGCGGAGGAGAGAUCGUUAAAGGUCGUGAUUUCUAUAAUUACAUCUUUGCUUGCCUCUUUUUGAAUGAAAACGAACAUGUAUCACCAUUGUGAAAUUGGGAACGAUAGUUCUCUCAUGUCGCUUGUAUUCUCUUAAAGAACAAAUGUUUAACAGUUUCAGAUAUGUAUUAUGCAUAUUGUUGGCUUAUCAAUUAUUUUAUUUCAUGUUGA